GCGCCGUGGAAGGUGAAGGAUGUGGUCGGGAAGCCGAGCUCCUGGAGCUUCUGGAGAGAUAAUUGCCUUGGGAAGUUUGCGAUCUCUCAUCGAAUUCUUCGCGGCGAUAGCUUGGCUAGUCUAGCGGUCAAAUAUUCUGUUCAGGUUACAGACAUAAAACGUCUGAACAACAUGAUGAGUGACCAUGGCAUAUACUCAAGAGAAAGAUUGUUAAUCCCAAUUGGCAAUCCCAAUAUACUCAUUAACAGUAUAUGUUACAUCGAGAUGGAUGCUAUUGCAAAACGGGAAGUUGCAGUGUUAUAUUUGGAUGGAAUCCCCAUGACCCAACAUUUGUAUGGUAAGGUGACAUCCGAACAAGGUAUGUCUUCUGUUCAAAAGAUUUUAGGGGAAGUGGUUUUGAUGAAAAGCAAUGUUUUGGACUUUGAUGAUUUUAAUGCUUCUCUGCUUGAUACUCUCUAUGAGUUUGUAGGCAAAAGAGUUUCUCUUCAACUUGUUAGUGCAAUCCAUGGAGAUCCAUCAAAUGAGUUGAGAGGAAAAUUGGGAGAAGAAGCCUACUUGGAGGAAUGGAUAACGACAAUAACGCCAUUAACAACUGGGGAAGCUACGUUUAAAGUUACAUUUGAUUGGGAUGAAGAACAUAUGGGAAUUCCCGGUGCUUUCUUCAUUACAAAUCAUCAUCAUACACAAUUCUACCUCAAAUCUCUCACUCUUCAACAUGUUCCUCCUCAUGGAACAACACUCUUUUUCCCAUGCAACUCUUGGAUUUACCCGACUCACCGCUACAAAAAAGAUCGUAUCUUCUUUGUCAACCAGAGCUAUCUUCCAAGUGAAACACCAGAGCCACUUCGCAAAUUCAGAGAAGACGAACUGCAAAGCUUGAGAGGAGACGGCAAUGGCGAACUUCAAGAAUGGGAUAGAGUUUAUGAUUAUGCUCUCUACAACGAUCUCGCUGAUCCCGAUAAAGCUCCACAAUACGCUCGUCCUGUCCUUGGUGGCUCAACCACCUAUCCUUACCCAAGAAGAGGAAGAACCGGACGACCGCCCACCAAGUCAGACCCGGAAACUGAGAGCAGAAUACCACUUGUUAAGAGCUUAAAUGUUUAUGUUCCGAGAGAUGAGAGGUUUGGUCACUUGAAGUUGUCCGAUUUUCUUGCUUAUGCGUUGAAGGCAGUUUCUCAGGUUAUUAAACCUGGUCUCGAAGAAUACUUUGAAGGGAUUCCGGGUGAAUUCGAUAGUUUACAGGAUGUUCUUGAUCUGUAUGAAGGAGGAUUUCCAGUGCCGGAAGGUUUGUUUGAGGUUAUCAGAGAAAACAUUGCGGCUCCUUUUCUUAAGGAGAUUUUUAGAACUGAUGGUGAAAGGCUCUUCAAAUUCCCUUUGCCUCAAGUGAUUAAAGAGGAUAAGUCUGCUUGGAGGACUGAUGAAGAAUUUGGUAGAGAAAUGCUGGCUGGAUUGAACCCUGUCAUCAUUCGUCGACUCCAAGACUUUCCACCAAGAAGCAAGCUUGACCCUAAGGUUUAUGGUGAUCAGAAGAGUAAGAUAACUGAAGAACAGAUAAUACAUAACUUGGAUGGACUUACGGUAGAAGAGGCGAUCAAGAAGAACAGGUUAUUCAUAUUGGAUCACCAUGAUUCACUAAUGCCAUACCUUAGACGAGUAAAUACAACUUCCACAAAGACUUAUGCCAGCCGAACCAUACUUUUCCUUCAAGAAAAUGGUACUCUGAAGCCAUUGGCAAUCGAACUGAGCUUGCCAAAUCUUCAAGGUGACGAAUUUGGAGUGGUUAGCAGGGUUUUCUUUCCAGCUGAACAAGGGGUUGGUAGUACAAUUUGGCAACUCGCGAAAGCUUAUGUGGCCGUAAAUGAUUCUGGCUAUCAUCAACUCAUCAGCCAUUGGUUGAAUACUCAUGCUGUAAUUGAGCCAUUUGUGAUUGCAACAAACAGACAACUAAGUGUUCUUCAUCCAGUUUUCAAGCUGCUCCAUCCUCACUUUCGAGAUACCAUGAAUAUAAAUGCGUUUGCUAGACAGAUACUCAUUAAUGCAGGUGGCAUUUUGGAAGCAACAGUGUUUCCAUCCAAAUAUGCAAUGGAGAUGUCAUCUGUUUUAUAUAAGGACUGGGCGUUUCAUGAACAAGCACUCCCUGCAGAUCUCAUCAAAAGAGGGAUGGCAAUUGAGGAUUCAAAUUCUCCACAUGGACUUCGUCUCGUAAUUGAGGACUAUCCAUAUGCUGUCGAUGGACUAGAGAUUUGGUCAGCAAUCAAGACAUGGGUUACAGAUUAUUGUUCUUUCUAUUACAAGACCGAUGAAGCGAUUCGGAAUGACCCUGAACUUCAGUCUUGGUGGAAGGAACUUAGAGAGGAAGGUCAUGGUGACAAGAAAGACGAACCAUGGUGGCCUAAGAUGCAGAAUAUUGAAGAGUUAAUCGACACAUGUGCUAUCAUCAUAUGGAUUGCUUCAGCUCUUCAUGCUGCAGUAAACUUCGGACAGUACCCUUACGCAGGUUACCUUCCCAAUCGACCAACUAUAAGUCGAAAGUUCAUGCCGGAGGAAGGCACUCCAGAGUAUAAAGAACUCGAAACAAACCCGGAGAAAGCCUUUUUAAGAACAAUCACUGCACACUUGCAAACUCUUCUUGGCAUCGCGUCAAUAGAGAUAUUGUCAAGGCAUUCAUCUGAUGAAGUGUAUCUCGGCCAAAGAGACUCCCCUAAAUGGACUGCAGACAAAGAAGUGUUGGACGCGUUCAAGAAGUUCGGGAAAAUGUUGGCCGAGAUCGAAGAUGGAAUCACGAAAAGAAAUGAAGAUUUGACAUUGAGAAAUAGAGUUGGACCAGUUUUCAUGCCUUACACUUUGCUCUAUCCAUCUAGUGAAGAGGGGCUAACAGGAAAAGGAAUUCCUAACAGUGUCUCCAUUUAAAACCCCUCUUUGAAUAAGGUACACAUAAUUAAAUUUCUAUUACUAUAUAUAUACAUAUAUGUAUUUGAUUAGUGUUGAUGAUUUAUCUUAUGGAACAUAAUUAUAUUACUUACAUAGACGUAUUGGGUUAAGAUAAUGUAUGUACUUUUUUUUUCCUUUUAUAUAUAAUUAUUUUGUUAAA